AUGGCUGGAGCUCCAAUGAAGGCGUCGACGAAGGUCUACUCGGUGUGGGCGCUCCCGCCGGACGAUGUCCGGGACCGGCUCAAGCGCCUCGUGUCCCCCCUCCGAUCCGAGUUCGGCGACCCCGCUUUCGAGCCCCACAUCACCGUCGUCGGCUCCAUUGGCCUCGCCCCCGAUGAUGCCCUCCGCCGCUUCGGCUCCACCUGCGCUGCCCUCUCUCCCUACCUUGAUCCCUUUUCUGAGAUCAACUUCGAGGUCUCGGCGCUCGCCCUUUCCAAGACGGACACCGAGGACCAGAGCUUGGAGUCGUGGGAGGUCGUGGAGCUCUGCCACCUCUCCAAUGGUAAGUAG